AUGACUUCACCCAGCAACUGCUCUACUGCUCCAGUCUCUGAAUUCCUCCUCAUCUGCUUCCCUAACUACCAGAGUUGGCAGCACUGGCUGUCCCUGCCCCUCAGCCUCCUCUUCCUCCUGGCCAUGGGGGCCAAUGCCACCCUUCUGAUCACAAUCUGGCUGGAGGCUUCUCUGCAUGAGCCCAUGUACUACCUGCUCAGCCUCCUCUCCCUGCUGGACAUUGUGCUCUGCCUCACUGUCAUCCCCAAGGUCCUGGCCAUCUUCUGGUUUGACCUCAGGUCCAUCAGCUUCUCUGCCUGCUUCCUCCAGAUGUUCAUCAUGAACAGUUUCCUCCCCAUGGAGUCUUGCACAUUCAUGGUCAUGGCCUAUGACCGCUAUGUGGCCAUCUGCCACCCACUACGAUACUCAUCCAUCAUCACUAGCCAAUUUGUGGCCAAGGCUAGUGUCUUCAUUGUCAUACGAAAUGCCCUUUUCAGUGCACCCAUUCCUAUUCUGACUGCCCGGCUCCAUUACUGUGGAAAAAAUGUCAUUGAGAAUUGUAUCUGUGCCAACCUUUCUGUGUCUAGGCUCUCCUGUGACAAUUUCACCCUAAACAGAAUCUACCAAUUUGUAGCUGGUUGGACCUUACUGGGAUCAGAUUUCAUUCUCAUCUUUCUCUCCUACACCUUCAUCCUAAGAACUGUACUUAGAUUCAAGGCUGAGGGGGCUGCAGUCAAAGCCUUGAGCACAUGUGGUUCUCACUUCAUCCUCAUCCUGUUCUUCAGCACCAUCCUGCUGGUUGUGGUGUUGACGAAUGUGGCCAGAAAGAGGGUUCCCAUGGACAUCCUGAUCCUGCUCAAUGUCCUUCAUCACCUCAUACCCCCUGCCUUGAACCCUAUUGUAUAUGGGGUUCGGACCAAAGAGAUAAAACAAGGAAUUCAGAAAUUGCUCCAGAGAGCAAUGUGA